AUGGACAGACCGAGGAAGCUGAAUCACCGGCGGAACCUCAACCGCAGCUGGGAGGACAUGGAACAGAACUGUUUGGCUCAAGUGUUCAUCCGAGUCGGACUGGAGUCGCUCCUCCUUUUCAUCCCGUUCGUGUGCAAAUCCUGGUACAGCGCCACCAAAAACCCCGCCUGCUGGGAGCGCAUCAUUUUCCCCGACGCCAAUGACGACGUCACCGAUCCUUUCAGCGUCAACGACGCCGUUUUGGACCGCCCCUGGACCCGGGCGAAUCGAACCGAAAAUCAGCGUUUCGACGUCUUCAUCCGGACAUUCGCGCGCGAAAAUGACAUUUUGUGGCGAUACUUCUCGAUCACGAAUUUCAUGAAAAUGGUCAUCGACCGCAGCGCUGGCAGCCUCCGGUUCCUGAAAAUCCCUGGCCUCCUCAGCCACUACAUGUUCGCGAUCCACAAAACCCUCCAGCACGUCGGCAAGAGCUGCAAGAACUUCGCGGGGCUGCAGCUGACAAACGCAGCGAUAGGGCGAAGCGAGGCGGAGGCGAUCGUGACAUUUGUGCCCAACCUGAGCUUUCUGUCUCUGAGGAGGUCGCAGAUCCCGAGGGAGUUGAUGGUGAUGCUGCUCAAGGGGAUGAAGAACCUGGUGCUGUUGGACGUGAGGGAGUGUGUUGGGUUCGACCAGCAGGACGAGGAGAUUUUGCGGCUGGCUUCGGAGAUUCCUACGUUUCUGUGUCGGGGGGCGAGGAUUUGUGCCCAGGAGCACCUGUUGCGUAUGUCGGAUGGGUCAUUGGUUCAUGUCAUUGCCGUGGAUUAG